AUGGCUUUCCAUGCCGCUGGGGACGGCGAGACGGGCGAUACUAAGGCGUUCGAGGAGACAUGGGACUCUGCGUGCAGGGACAGCGGCGGGGCCAACGUGUACGUCCCUGCAGGAAGGACCUUCUUGCUGCGCGACGCCACUUUCAACGGGCCCUGCAAGUCGCCCAUCACCAUGCAGGUGGACGGGGACAUCGUGGCGCCAAGCACCCUCUGGCAGCUAAAAUCGUCAAGCGUGCUGACCUUCCACGAGGUGGACAACCUGACGGUGGACGGCUGCGGCCAGAUCGACGGCCGGGGCGCCCCGUGGUGGGAUUGCUACAACCACAAGCUGGUGUCAUUCUCGUUCUGCAACGGCCUACGGGUGACCAACGUACGUCUCAAGGACAGCGCCCUCAAGCACAUCAGCGUGUACAGGUGCAGCCAGGCGCUGGUGCACAACGUCUCCAUCUCCGCGCCCUGCGACAGCCCCAACACGGACGGGAUCACCAUUGGGGCCUCCGACCAUGUCCGCGUCUCCUCUUCCUCCAUCCAAUCCGGUGAUGAUUGCGUGUCGAUUAUAACGGAAACCACUGAUGUCAACAUCACUGACAUCGCGUGUGGGCCCGGCCAUGGCAUCAGUGUGGGAAGCCUUGGAGGUGCCGGUGAAGGCCCAGCGAUGGUGGAGAGGAUUACAGUAUCCAACUGCAAAUUCUUCAAUACGACGAGCGGUGUCAGGAUCAAAUCGUGGCAGGGAGGGCAAGGCAAAGCGAACGGAUUCAUUUUCAGGGACCUCAACAUGACUGAAGUCCAACAUCCUAUCGACAUCGACCAGUUCUAUUGCCCCCAAGGAAACUGUCCAGAACGGCAAGGUGGUGUGGCCAUAACGGACGCGAGGUUCAUCAACAUCCACGGGACGUCCUCCGAGCGAGAGGCCAUCAAGAUCAUGUGCAGCGAAAGCGUGCCGUGCCACGGCAUCUAUCUCGAUAAUGUCGACCUAUCAUGGUGUAAACACACUGCUCCACCACAAGCCAAGGUUAUGAAUGCCCAUGGGAGCGUCGCGGGCAUGGUGAAGCCACAAGUGCGGUUCUUGGGCCGCUGAUCCCCAGUGCUCUUCCCGGGCCGUUGAUCCCCGGUGCUCUUCGUUGUGAACAUAGUGCUUGGACAUAGACAGAGGAGCAGUGCAAAAAUUCUUACCUUAGGUGAGCGCCAUGUAAGGUCAGGGUAGUGGUGUUAAAAUUGGAU